AUGGGCAAGCCUCACAUGGGCAGGCUUCAAAUUAUGCCACAGCAUAAUUUUAAAGAUACUCCGGCCUAUGAGGAUGCAAAACGGACGGCAGUGACUAGUCAGCACAACCCAAUUUCCGUUGGAAUUGGAAAGUGUUGUCAUUGUCAUUUGCCACAAAUGUCCAUUGCCUCCCGACUGUUUUAA